CUGAAUGUCCGAUACAUGUGUUGGCAGUAAAGCUCGGAGUCAUGGGUCUUGCUAAGAUGUUCGGCGUAUACAGUCAAGUAUCCCGCGCAAGAGCCUACCUCGGUUUGGGGCCAUACCUCGCACUCGCUGCUUAUGCGACAGACUUGGCCAGUAUCGCCAUCUACAUUUACUUCGCAUACAGCCAGAUUACCUCCUGGCAGACCUUCGCAGGCAUGCCACAAUUGAAGGCCAAGGACGCCAAUGGCGAGCCUAGGACGGCCCUUCCCUCGCUUCUCAGCGCCGAAAUGAUGUCCCAAGUCAUCGCACCUUUGUUCGUCCCGUCCGAGGAUACCGCACUUUACCCCGACAUUUCCUAUAACCCCCGCAAGACUCUCUCCAACAAUGCAGUCAAGCGUCUUGUCCUCAAGACCGAGGGACUCCUUGAUGUCAUUGCUCCUCGAGGCCGCGCGAAGAAGGCACCUGUCGUUCUGUGGAUUCACGGUGGUGGCUGGGUUCAGGGCUCCAAGGAGGACCCCUAUGCUUUCCCAUAUAUCCUUGCCAGACAGGGUAUCGUAGUUGUUAGGAUGAACUACCGCAAGCCUCCGUCAUACCCUCUGCCUGCUGCCUUGGUCGAUGUCAGGAGAGCUUUGCGUUGGAUCCAUCAGCAGAUUGAGGCUUUCGGUGGUGACCCGGAGUGGAUCUCUAUUGCUGGUGACAGUGCUGGAGGACACCUUGCAAGUCUUGCCGCAUCUGGAUUGGCGCACUUGAAGGAGGAAGGAGAUGACGAGCCAGAGAUCAAACUCAAGGCUGCCGUCCUGAUCUGCCCGGUCACUGAUGUUACCACUAAAGCAAACGGUAACCUCUGGCAAGACGAUUUCCCUGCUCUCAUCAACUCUAUCUCCGAGGCCAACGCCAAUGACAAGAUUAACCCCUACAAAUCCCUCAAGCCCGACUCACCAUCCAUGCUACUCUUCCACGGAACUCGGGAUUCCUUCGUACCGAUCGAGCAGAGUUACGAAUUUGUUAGGCAGUACAAGCAGAAGGUUACGGAGGGCGGGAAGAUUGACUUCGUCCUCGUGGAUGGAACGAACCACUUUUCUCAUUGCUUUGCUGGGCCGAAGAGUGUGUGGCAGGGAUACGCGGCAGCUGCGUGGUUGGAGGACCAGUGGAAGGCUUCCAAGAAGGAUGCGUGAAGAAAUAGCAUUGUUACGGCCCUACGAGUGAGGUACAUUCAGAUGGACAUUUCAAAAGAUAGCGGAGUUGCAGUAUGUUGCAACUGCAAUUGAGGAGCUGG